AUGAGCGAAAGCUACAAACGACUCGACGCUGUGCAGCAGGAGAUUGAAGACUUGUUGAAGAAGGAAACAGAACUCAAGAAGAAGGAGAAAAAGGGCCAACUCACUGACGAAGAUGAAGUUGACUUGGAAGGAGUCAAUAAACUAUUCGACGAUUUAAAGAAAGCUAGAAAAUAUUGGAGAGAACAGGUCGAUAAGGAAAACCAGCCGGAAGAAGAAUCAAAGUUGUUUGGAGAAGCUGAUCUUAAAUGGAUUGCAAGCGUUACUGGAAUUGACUGCAAGUAUCGCCUAUGGACUUCUUUCACUUCCGAACUGGAUGAAGCUGUUGUUCCUUCUCCUGGAUUUCAGCAGGCAUAUGAGAAUGUGUCAAAAACUUUCCAUAUGCGAACAGGAGCAGGACGUCGUAUUUUCCUCAACUUAUUUCUCAGUGACAUUGUCCUUUUACCAGAAUUCAAGAAUACGUUGCUUAUUUUCCCUGGAAUUGAAAUGUCUGUUGAAUCAAAAGGUCCCAAGAAACGCAGACUCAAUGGGAAAACAGACUACACUGUGGGAUUUGGCAAAGACGUAGACAUUUUUGAUAAUACUCCUCCUCGUGAAUUGCAUCUGGUUGCUAUUGAAGCCAAGAACAGCAGUUUUGAUCAUGAGGAUUUGUGGCAAUGCGUCGCUGAAACAGCAACUCUCUAA